AUGUCUCAAGAAAAUCAAUAAAAGUAAGGCCAUCAUGAGGAAGAAGGCUAAACAUUAGUUCAACAAAAAAAAGAAAUUGAAUAAUAUGCAACGGAUAAAUAAAUUAUUGCAUAAAUCGAUAAAGAUUAUGAAGAAAUUAUGAAAGAUUUCUCUGGUGAUGCGGAGUUAAAGGAUUUUAAAAUAUAAUACGAAUCACUUUACAAUACAUUUAAGCAGUCAAUUAAUUCAGAACAUGGAUCUAUCAAAAAAUGCGAAUAACAUGCUGAAGAAAUCGCAAUAUACUCAGCAAAAUUAGAUGGAGUUGUUAAAAUGAUAUAAGCCAAUGAAGAAAAUCUUGAACUUUCAAAGAAGGAACUUGAAGAUAAAAAAAAGUUAAUUGAGGAUUAUAAAGAAAAAAAAGAAGAGAUUAAAGAAAAGAUAGAGCUCACCAAAGAUUAAUUAUCAGAACUAUAGAAGAAGACCGAGUAGAGACUUGAAAAAAUAGAGUUAUAAAAUUAAGAAACUAUUAGAAAUCUCAAAAAAUAAAAGGAGGAAUAAGAAAAAAACUGUGAAUAGCUUGGAAAUAAAAUAAAGUACUAAAAAAAUGAAAAUGAACAUUAUUAAAAUGAACUUUAAUAAGAAGAAAAGUUCAACAACAAGUAUCAAAUGGAUGUACAAGAGUUGCAAGAAAAAAUAAUGAAAUAUAAAGAGGUUGCCAAAACAGAGGAAGAGAGAAAAUAAGAAAUGGACAGGAAGAUGGAUUUAAUCAAGGAUAAAAUUGAUAAGGCAAAAGAGGAGUAAAAAAGAAAGAUAGAAUAAAUCGCGUAAUUGCAAAAAGAGUAAAAGCAAUAUGAAAACAAAAUCAUCAAUUCUAAAAAUGAAAAGAACUAAAACCAAGAAGACUAAAAGAAACACAAAAAGUAGCUCGACUAAAUUAAUGAAGACUUGAAAGUUCAAGAGGAAUAAUAAAUUUAAUUAGAGCACGAUAUAAAGAACUUAGAGGAGUCAGUUGUUAAUGCUGAGAAAGAGUUACUAAAGAUUAAAAAACCUAUUUAAAAUCUUGAAAGAGAAUAUGAUAAGAUAACUAAAAUGAAAUCUAAGCUUGAAACUGAAAAUCAAAUUUUAGAAUAAAACUUAGAAAGACUUUAGUCCUAAAAUAAAAUCGAAGAAGAACACGUUGAAACUCUUACUAAAAUGAGAAACGAGCUCAAAGAAAAAAUAGAUUCUAUUUUAAAAUAAAGAACUUAAAAUAAUAAGUCUCUCAAAAAGGCAGAAGAUGAUGAACAUAAAACUGAUGAAGAAAUUAUUUAUUAGCUCAAUAAGUUGAAGAAAAUAGAAAAUCAGAUUUUGGGUUAUGAAGCAGAAAAUGAGAAAUUAAGGAAAAUGAUUACAUAAUUAUAAAAAGAGUAAGAAAAAUAUGGUAUAGAAGCUUCUCAAGCUCAUGCAAAGUAUUACUAAACUUGUGAAGAAGUUAAAAUUAAAAUUAACUAAAUUGCAGAAUAAAAGUAGAAAAAUAAUGCAGUUCUUGCUAAAUUAAAGCAUUAACAACAUUUAUAUGAAGCAGUCCGCUCAGACAGAAAUUUGUAUUCUAAGAAUCUCCUUGACUGCAAGAAAGAAUUAAACGAGCUUCAGGAAAAGAAAAAAAGAAACAAAUAAAUGGUUGAUCAAUAUAAAGAAGAAAUUAAAUAAAAAGAUAACGAAUUAAUUAACUAGGAUUUCGAAUACAAUAAAAUUGUAGAAGAAAAUAAAAAAACUGAACUUGAAAAAGAGCGUGUUAUGAAGGCUAUUAAAUCAACUGAAGAGGUUAUCAAAAAUUAAGAAAAUCAUAUCUCGAGAUUAAAAUACAUAAUUUAAGAAUUGAAGGCUGAAAAGUAAAGACAUGACAAGGAUUUGGAAAUGGUUAUAAAUGAAAGAGAUAUAUUAGGAACUUAAUUGAUUAAGAGAAAUUAAGAAUUAUAAGUUCUUGAAGAAAAGAUUAAGCUUUAGCAGAGUAAUUUGACCAAAGGUGAGAUUGUUUACAGAAAGAAGUAAGAAGAAUUGGCAAAACUAAAGAUUGAGCUCACAAACUUAGUGAAUGAGCUGAAGAGUACCUAAGAAUAAAUUUCCUGCAUCCCUGAUUUGAGAAAUGAAAUAAACUCUUUAUAAAAGGAUAUUCUCGCAGAAAAAACAAAGGUCAAAGCUCUCUAAGACGAACUUGAAAAUCCCCUUAAUGUUCACAGAUGGAGAAAACUAGAGGCUACUGAUUAAGAGAAUUUUGAGAGAAUAUUAAAGAUUUAAACUUUACAAAGAAGACUCAUUGCAAAAACAGAAGAAGUUCAAGAAAAAGAGAAACUUAUCAAAGAAAAAGAAAAGCUAUUUAUGGAACUUAAAAAUAUCCUUGCUAGAUAGCCAGGUCCAGAAAUUUAAUAACAAUUAGCUACUUACAAGGAGUCUUUGAAAGAAAAAACUGCUUAAAUGAAGAAAAUGCUAGGAGAAUUAAAAAAUUCUAGAGAAUAGGUGAACAUUUUAAAAUUCGAAAAUAAUAGACUAAGGGAAGAAAUGAAUAAAUUGAAAAGAGAUUAUUUCUAAAAAAGAAAAGAGUAAGACAAAUCAUAAGAAUUGUAAAAUAAUCCUGCUAUUGGAGAUUUCAAUAUUUCCAGUGCCCAACCAUAGUAGCUUCAAUAAGAAUAAGCUAUUUAAAUUGCAGCAGGUGCACCUAGAUGA